AUGGAGUUCAAUGCAUCUGAACAUCCUCAUAAGAGGUACAAUCCAUUAAAAGGAGAAUGGAUUUUAGUUUCUCCUCACCGAAUGAAAAGACCCUGGGAUGGACAAACAGAAUCUGUGUUCAAUGACAUGGGUCCAGAAUUUGAUCCUACCAACCCACUAUGUCCUGGAGUAGUCAGGAGUAGUGGUAUUUUGACUCCAGAUUAUAAGUCCACAUAUGUCUUUACAAAUGACUUUCCAGCCAUGUUAGAGGAUACACCAUCACCUCCCCAAAGUGAUGAUCCUUUGUUUAAAAUCGAAGGAGUUAAAGGAACAUGCCGUGUUAUGUGUUUUUAUCCUAAAUCUAAUGUGACAAUAGCUCUCAUGUCUAUACAUGAUAUAGUAACUGUGAUUUCAAGUUGGAUACAGCAAUUAGAAGAAUUAGGAAAAACCUAUCCUUGGGUGCAAAUUUUUGAAAAUAAAGGUGCUAUAAUGGGUUGUUCUAAUCAUCAUCCUCAUUGUCAAAUAUGGGCUUGUUCGUUUUUACCGAAUGAACCACGUAUAAAAGAUAUUCAUCAGAAAGAAUACUUAGAAAAGUAUGGAAGACCAAUGCUGAUGGAUUAUGUUGAUCGCGAAUUAAAAGCAAAAAUAAGAAUUGUUACCGAAAAUCAACACUGGGUUGUUUUGGUGCCAUUUUGGGCUAUAUGGCCAUAUGAGACUAUGAUAUUACCCAAGAGACAUGUAAAAAGGAUGAAUGAAAUUACAGAACACGAAAAAACAACUUUGGCAUCAGUAAUGAAAAUAUUAACAAUAAAAUAUGAUAACAUGUUCAAAACAUCAUUUCCAUAUUCAAUGGGUUGGCAUGGUGCACCAACUGGACCAAAUUGUGAAAGUAGUGAUCAUUGGGUAUUUCAUGGGAUUUAUUUGCCACCAUUGUUACGUUCAGCAACAGUGAAAAAAUUCAUAUCCGGAUUUGAGCUGCUAGCCCAAUGCCAAAGAGAUUUAACUGCGGAACAAGCUGCAGAACGAUUAAGAUCACAAUCAGAUAUUCACUACUUGCAAUAAAACCAAAUAAACAUACUUAGUUCAAAUGUAAAAUUCAAAGAGACAUUUUUAUUAUCAAAAUAAUUGCCAUAUGA